UUGCAGACAGGCCUCGUGCAUAUCACCGCUCAGAACCACGGCUACGCGGUCGAUGCCGACACGCUGCCUCAGGAAGUAGAGGUCAGUCACAUCAACCUCAACGACAACACCGUCGAGGGCUUGCGCCACAAGUCGCUGCCCGUAAUAACGAUUCAGUACCACUCCGAAGCGUCCCCCGGCCCCCUCGACAACGAGUACAUGUUCGACCGCUUCAUGGAGAUGAUAGACGAUUCGGAGGGACAAUAG